AUGACCAAAUCACCCCCACCGCAACUAUUUAUUCAGAAUCCCUAUACUAACCGCCAAGUCAAUGGAACCUUGGAACAAGAGGUGAAAAUCAUUAAACGGAAGUUAAACGGGUUCGUUGGCUUCGCCAACUUACCUAAGCAAUGGCACAGAAAGUCUGUAAGAAGAGGUUUCUCUUUCAACUUUAUGGUGGUUGGAGAAUCUGGUUUGGGUAAGAGAACCCUUGUCAAUACUCUUUUCAACAAGGAUGUCUUGCCCCCUAAGCCGGAUUUAGAGGAUGAGGAGGAAGUUUCCGGAGUCAAAAUCGAGUCACAUGCCGCCGAAGUCGAAGAAGACGGCGUCAAGUUGAAGUUGAACAUCAUUACCACCCCAGGAUUCGGUGAACAGCUUAACAACACCGAUGCAUGGAAGCCCAUCGUCGAUGAGAUCAACUCCCGUUUUGAUAACUACUUGGAGGCUGAGAGCAGAGUCAACCGUGCCUCAGUUCCCGAUGAACGUGUACAUGCUCUAUUAUACUUCAUUGAGCCCACCGGCCAUUCGUUGAAGGCUUUGGACAUUGAGUUCAUGAAGCUGGUGCAUGAGAAGGUCAACUUGAUUCCCGUAGUAGCCAAGUCAGAUACAUUGACGGACGAGGAGAUCGCAGAGUUCAAGGCCCGUAUUUUGGAUGACAUUCGUCACCAGGAAAUCAGCAUUUUCGAACCCUCUGUGUAUGACAAUGACGACGAGGAGACGGUGACAAACUCUAAGAACUUGAUUGCCACGUUCCCGUUCGCCGUCAUUGGCUCCACCAGCGAAGUGCAGUUGCCUGAUGGACGUGCAGUUAGAGGUAGAGCAUACCCAUGGGGUGUGAUUGAGGUGGACAACGAGCAACAAAAUGAUUUCGUCAAGUUGCGUCAAUUGUUGAUCCGCAGCAACUUGGAGGAGUUGAAGGAGUCUACCGCAGACAAGUUGUACGAGAACUACAGAACUCAGAAAUUGUUGAAGAUGGGUAUUGAGCAGGACAAUACCGUUUUCAAGGAAUUCGAUCCAUUGACUAAGCAAGAGGAAGAGAGAGCCUUGCACGAAGCUAAAUUGGCUAAGAUGGAGGCCGAGAUGAAGACGGUGUUCCAGCAGAAGGUUAGCGAGAAGGAGAAGAAGUUGCAAAGAUCUGAGGCUGAUCUUUUCGCCCGUCACAAGGAAAUGAAGGAGAAGUUGGCUAAGCAAAUCAAGUUGUUGGAGGACAAGAAGGUGCAGUUGGAGAAGCAGAAGAGCUUACCCCAGGAGCCACCAGCUGCAUCGGUUCCUCAGAAAACACGUAAGGGAUUCUUGCGUUAA